CAGACGCCACUGUCCAUGGCUUCUCUUGGAGUGUGGCUGGUCAGACUUUGACAAUGGCGGCUCUCAAGCUCUAAGGAUCUCUCUCUCUCUCUCUCUCUCUCUCUGGGGUUGAAGUAUGGAAAAUUCGAGGGUGAUCUUUGCGUUGCAUGUAGCAGCGUGCAUACUACUUGCAGUUGCAGAUGUCGCUCAUGCUCAGAACCAGACUCAAGCUACGACGGAACCUUCUGAAGUGUUGAUUCUGAACUCGGUAUGGUCAAAAUGGGGACUCACUCCACAGACAACAACAUGGAACAUAAGCGGAGAGCCAUGCAGCGGAGCUGCCAUCGAUUCCACCACCUUCGACACUUACAACCCUUUCAUCAAAUGCGACUGCUCCUCCAACAAUUCCACCACUUGCCACAUUACCCAGCUCAAGGUUUAUGCAAUGAGCGUUGCUGGUCCUAUCCCUGAUGAGUUGUGGAACUUGACUUACCUUUUCAAUCUGAAUUUGGGCCAAAAUCUCUUGACUGGUUCCUUAUCUCCAUCCAUUGGCAACCUUACUCGCAUGCAGUAUCUGAAUCUGGGCAUCAAUGCAUUAUCAGGGGAGCUUCCACGGCAACUUGGUUUACUUACAGAGCUAAUAGUGUUGGGCUUUGGCACCAACAACUUCAAUGGCUCUCUGCCAUCUGAGCUAGGAAAUCUGUCCAAAAUGCAGCAACUUUACUUCGAUAGUUCCGGAGUCAGUGGUGAAGUUCCGUCAUCAUUUUCCAAUCUUAAAAGUCUUAAUCAAGUGUGGGCAUCGGAUAACAACCUCACUGGCCAAAUACCAGAAUUCAUAGGAAAUUGGUCGCAGCUUACACAGCUGAUUCUUCAAGGAAAUUCCUUUGAAGGUCCGAUUCCUUCAACAUUUUCCAAUUUGACCGCUCUGAAAGACUUGAGAAUAAGUGAUGUAUCUAAUGGGAGCUCUUCACUGGAAUUCAUCAGGAAUAUGAAGAAUCUGUCUAUUCUGAUACUGAGGAAUAACAACAUCUCAGACUCUCUCCCAUCAGAUUUUGCAGGAUACGGGAGUUUAUCUCAGCUGGACUUAAGCUUCAACAAGUUAACAGGACAGAUUCCAAAUUCCCUUUUCAAUUUGAGCUCACUCACUUACUUGUUUCUUGGAAAUAAUAGUUUGAGUGGCACACUUCCUGAACAGAAAAGUUCAUCCCUUCUUAACAUAGAUGUGUCAUUCAAUAACCUGAUGGGAAGCUUUCCUUCUUGGGUCAGCAAUGAUUUACAACUUAAUCUGGUUGGAAACAACUUCACAUUGGACAACUCUAACAGUGGCUUACUUCCUUCAGGAUUAAACUGUCUUCAGCGGAACUUUCCUUGCAAUCGUGGGACUGGAAUCUACUACAAUUUUGCAGUAAAAUGUGGUGGCCCUCAGAUUACUUCGUCCAGUAAUAUUGUGUAUGAGAUGGAUAAUAACACUCUUGGUCCUGCUACCUACUAUGUGAGCAAUACAGAGAGGUGGGCAGUGAGCAAUGUUGGUUAUUUCACUGGAAACAACAAUCCUGCUUAUAAAGCUUCCACGCUUUCCCAGUUCACAAACACUUUAGACUCAGAGCUGUUCCAGACUGCACGGCUUUCUGCUUCAUCCCUACGAUAUUAUGGAUUAGGGCUGGAGAACGGAAACUACAAUGUCACUCUCCAGUUUGCUGAAAUACAAAUCCUGAAUACUGGAUGGCAAAGUCUUGGGAGGCGUCUUUUCGAUGUAUACAUACAGGGAAAUCUUGUAUCAAAGGAUUUUGACAUACAAAAAGAGGCAGGUGGUGCCUCUCUAACAGCUGUUCGAAAAGUGUAUCAGGCUCAGGUGACAGCUAACUAUCUUGAAAUACACUUUUUCUGGGCUGGAAAAGGGACUUGCUGUGUACCAAAUCAAGCCACCUAUGGACCUUUGGUUUCAGCCAUCAGUGCUGUCCCAGACUUCAUACCCACUGUCAGUAACAAUCCCCCAACUCGCAACAAGGAUCAUAUUGGCUUGAUAGUCGGAGUCGCUACUGGAGUUGGAGUGGUCGGCUUGAUGGCUGUUCUCCUGUUCUUCUAUCUUGCUCGGAGAAGGAAAAUGGCUCGCACGAUUGAAGAUCAAGAGUUCCUUGGCAUAGAUACUAGACCUUACACUUUCAGCUAUGCGGAACUAAAGGCUGCUACCGAUGACUUCAAUACCAAUAACAAGCUUGGGGAGGGUGGAUUUGGCCCUGUUUUUAAGGGAACACUCAAUGAUGGGAGAGUGAUUGCUGUUAAGCAACUAUCUGUAUCAUCCCACCAGGGAAAGAAUCAAUUUGUAGCAGAGAUUGCAACUAUAUCUGCAGUGCAACACCGCAACCUUGUUAAACUGUAUGGAUGCUGCAUUGAUGCAGAUAAUCGGCUUCUUGUUUAUGAGUAUCUGGAGAACAAGAGUCUUGACCAGGCAAUGUUCGGACAAAGAAACUUGAAUCUCGAUUGGGCAACACGUUGUGAUGUUUGUCUGGGUGUUGCAAGGGGUCUAGCUUAUCUUCAUGAGGAGUCAAGGUUAAGAAUCGUGCAUAGGGAUGUGAAGGCCAGUAAUAUUCUGCUGGACUCUGAUCUCACACCUAAAAUAUCGGACUUUGGUUUGGCCAAACUUUAUGAUGAUAAGAAGACCCAUAUAAGCACCCGUGUGGCGGGAACCAUUGGAUAUCUUGCUCCUGAGUAUGCAAUGCGGGGCCACCUUACAGAGAAGGCUGAUGUAUUUGCGUUUGGUGUAGUGGCUCUAGAGGUUGUCAGUGGAAGGCCAAAUUCAGAUCCUAGCUUGGAAGAAGGAAAAAGAUAUCUCCUUGAAUGGGCUUGGAACUUGCAUGAAACCAACCGCGUUAUUGAGCUGGUUGAUUCUAGAUUACCAGAGUUCAAUGAAGAUGAGGCGAAGCGCAUGGUUGCAAUAGGGCUCUUGUGCACUCAAACAUCGCCAACGCUGAGACCACAAAUGUCCCGUGUGGUGGCAAUGCUCUCUGGAGAUAUUGAAGUGCCUACCGUGUCCACAAGGCCAGGCUACUUGACCGAAUGGAGAUUUAAUGAUGGCACUAGCUUCUUGACUGAGAAUACAGAUAUGAGCACAGACAAGAGCUCUUACAACCCAGCGUCCACUGCAAGCACUGUAGACGGUGCAAAUCAUUCAUUGGUAAUUGCUGCCACACCCAUGCUUGAUGAGAUAAUUGGAGAAGGUAGAUGAACAUGGUUUACCUGGAUGGAUCUCUGCUACAUCCAUAUGAGGCUUUAUCAGUUCAUUACACCAACGUUUUGUACUUUAAUUAAUUAUUAGUAGAUACAGGCGAAUUUCCUAUAAAAGAUGACUCUCCCUGUCAAUCAUUUUUGCCAUUAUGU